AUGGUCCUCGUAGUGAGCGGCGGCAUGUUGGUGGAAGGCGCGGCACCGGGCGGCACGGCGGCGGGAGACGGUAUUACUGACGGUGCAGCGGCGGUGGUGAACGGUGAGGCCGGAGGCGAGGCGGCAGUGGUGAACGGUGUCGCGGCGGCGAACGGCGGUGCAGGCGGCGCGGUGGUGGUGAACAGUGGCGCGGCGGCGAGCGGCGUUGCAGGCGGCGCGGUGGUGGUGAACGGUGGCGCGGCGGCGAGCGGCGUUGCAGGCGGCGCGGUGGUGGUGAACGGUGGCGCGGCGGCGAGCGGCGUUGCAGGCGGCGCGGUGGUGGUGAACGGUGGCGCGGCGGCGAGCGGCGUUGCAGGCGGCGCGGUGGUGGUGAACGGUGGCGCGGCGGCGAGCGGCGUUGCAGGCGGCGCGGUGGUGGUGAACGGUGGCGCGGCGGCGAGCGGCGUUGCAGGCGGCGCGGUGGUGGUGAACGGUGGCGCGGCGGCGAGCGGCGUUGCAGGCGGCGCGGUGGUGGUGAACGGUGGCGCGGCGGCGAGCGGCGUUGCAGGCGGCGCGGUGGUGGUGAACGGUGGCGCGGCGGCGAGCGGCGUUGCAGGCGGCGCGGUGGUGGUGAACGGUGGCGCGGCGGCGAGCGGCGUUGCAGGCGGCGCGGUGGUGGUGAACGGUGGCGCGGCGGCGAGCGGCGUUGCAGGCGGCGCGGUGGUGGUGAACGGUGGCGCGGCGGCGAGCGGCGUUGCAGGCGGCGCGGUGGUGGUGAACGGUGGCGCGGCGGCGAGCGGCGUUGCAGGCGGCGCGGUGGUGGUGAACGGUGGCGCGGCGGCGAGCGGCGUUGCAGGCGGCGCGGUGGUGGUGAACGGUGGCGCGGCGGCGAGCGGCGUUGCAGGCGGCGCGGUGGUGGUGAACGGUGGCGCGGCGGCGAGCGGCGUUGCAGGCGGCGCGGUGGUGGUGAACGGUGGCGCGGCGGCGAGCGGCGUUGCAGGCGGCGCGGUGGUGGUGAACGGUGGCGCGGCGGCGAGCGGCGUUGCAGGCGGCGCGGUGGUGGUGAACGGUGGCGCGGCGGCGAGCGGCGUUGCAGGCGGCGCGGUGGUGGUGAACGGUGGCGCGGCGGCGAGCGGCGUUGCAGGCGGCGCGGUGGUGGUGAACGGUGGCGCGGCGGCGAGCGGCGUUGCAGGCGGCGCGGUGGUGGUGAACGGUGGCGCGGCGGCGAGCGGCGUUGCAGGCGGCGCGGUGGUGGUGAACGGUGGCGCGGCGGCGAGCGGCGUUGCAGGCGGCGCGGUGGUGGUGAACGGUGGCGCGGCGGCGAGCGGCGUUGCAGGCGGCGCGGUGGUGGUGAACGGUGGCGCGGCGGCGAGCGGCGUUGCAGGCGGCGCGGUGGUGGUGAACGGUGGCGCGGCGGCGAGCGGCGUUGCAGGCGGCGCGGUGGUGGUGAACGGUGGCGCGGCGGCGAGCGGCGUUGCAGGCGGCGCGGUGGUGGUGAACGGUGGCGCGGCGGCGAGCGGCGUUGCAGGCGGCGCGGUGGUGGUGAACGGUGGCGCGGCGGCGAGCGGCGUUGCAGGCGGCGCGGUGGUGGUGAACGGUGGCGCGGCGGCGAGCGGCGUUGCAGGCGGCGCGGUGGUGGUGAACGGUGGCGCGGCGGCGAGCGGCGUUGCAGGCGGCGCGGUGGUGGUGAACGGUGGCGCGGCGGCGAGCGGCGUUGCAGGCGGCGCGGUGGUGGUGAACGGUGGCGCGGCGGCGAGCGGCGUUGCAGGCGGCGCGGUGGUGGUGAACGGUGGCGCGGCGGCGAGCGGCGUUGCAGGCGGCGCGGUGGUGGUGAACGGUGGCGCGGCGGCGAGCGGCGUUGCAGGCGGCGCGGUGGUGGUGAACGGUGGCGCGGCGGCGAGCGGCGUUGCAGGCGGCGCGGUGGUGGUGAACGGUGGCGCGGCGGCGAGCGGCGUUGCAGGCGGCGCGGUGGUGGUGAACGGUGGCGCGGCGGCGAGCGGCGUUGCAGGCGGCGCGGUGGUGGUGAACGGUGGCGCGGCGGCGAGCGGCGUUGCAGGCGGCGCGGUGGUGGUGAACGGUGGCGCGGCGGCGAGCGGCGUUGCAGGCGGCGCGGUGGUGGUGAACGGUGGCGCGGCGGCGAGCGGCGUUGCAGGCGGCGCGGUGGUGGUGAACGGUGGCGCGGCGGCGAGCGGCGUUGCAGGCGGCGCGGUGGUGGUGAACGGUGGCGCGGCGGCGAGCGGCGUUGCAGGCGGCGCGGUGGUGGUGAACGGUGGCGCGGCGGCGAGCGGCGUUGCAGGCGGCGCGGUGGUGGUGAACGGUGGCGCGGCGGCGAGCGGCGUUGCAGGCGGCGCGGUGGUGGUGAACGGUGGCGGUGGUGUGGCUGCGGUAGACGGCGCCGCCGGCGAUGGUGGUGUGGAAGUUGCCGGCGGCGCCUGUGAGAGUAUGGCAGCGGGUGAAGUGGGAGGUCGGGCAUACGGUGAGGGGGGUAAGAGAGGCGGUGAAAUAUACUCAAUUAGAAACGGUGCGGCGGCGACAUUCGAAUCUCCCCCCUCGUCCGCCGGCGCCGGCAGCUCCAGCGGCGGGGUCAGCAACGGCGCGCGGUCGGAGACCCACACGACGUUGUUCGUCAUGCACACGCGCCCCGUCGCGAACUUGAGGACCUUGACCGCCGACUCGUGA